UAAAAAGGUGCGCAAUUGACCGCUCCCGGUCUCAUUCAGUUCGUUGGUUGUUGUCAACAAACAUAGUCGAAUUAUACGGCAAAAAAUGGUUAUCGCUAAAAAGUGGAUUUAUGCUAAAGCAUUUUCCGGCUAUCCGACGGCGGAUAAUUUUCGCCUGGAAGAGGAAACUCUCGGCGAGCUUAAAGAGGAUGAAUUUCUCGCUGAAGCCAUCUUUCUGAGUGUGGACCCGUACAUGCGUCCGUACAUGCUGCAAUACCCGGUCGGUUCGGUUAUGAUCGGCGGUCAGGUGGCUAAAGUGAUGGAAAGUAAAAAUCCGAAAUUUCCUACCGGAAGCUACGUUCACGGAAAUUUCGGUUGGCGUACACACACCGUGUGUACGCCAAGUGUUGGUGACCGCAAGCCGUACGUAUUGCCGGACUUCGGCAAGGAACCACUUUCGCUUGGUGUUGGAGUACUCGGAAUGCCGGGCAAUACGGCUUACUUUGGGUUUCUAGAGCUGUGCGAACCCAAGGAAGGCGAAACGGUGGUCGUCAGUGGGGCUGCCGGGGCCGUGGGAAGUCUUGUCGGUCAGAUUGCCAAAAUUAAAGGAUGUACCGUUAUUGGAAUCACCGGGACGGACGAAAAAUGCGAGUGGAUCAAAACGAUUGGAUUCGAUCACGCCAUCAACUACAAGACGGCGGAUAUCAGGGAAGAACUGAAAAAGAUGGCACCCAAAGGGGUUGACUGUUAUUUCGACAACGUUGGUGGAAUAACCACCGAAAUCGUUCGCGGUCGGAUGAAUACUUUCGGACGAAUUUCCGUUUGUGGAAUAAUUUCCAGCUACAAUGAGGAAAGGGCGAAGGUUAUCGAUCCACAGCGGGAUUUUGUUGGAAAGCAGCUCAAGCAGGAAGGAUUUGUUGUUUCACGUUGGACUGCACGGUGGAUGGAAGGGAUUGAACAGAAUUUGAAGUGGAUUCAGGAGGGUAAAAUGAAAUACAGAGAAACAAUCACGGAAGGUUUUGAGAACAUGCCGAAAGCAUUCAUCGGAAUGCUUAAGGGGGAGAACAUUGGCAAGGCAGUUGUCAAGGUUUGACAAAUUACACAAAUGUUUCGUUUCAUUUUUCCAUUAUUUAAUCUAAUAAAAGUCAGUUCAAAUCAAACUCAUGAUCCUCUGUAGGUUGAAUACCCAAACGGGUUCAAAAGCAGCGGAAUGUGGUAAUGUUGACUGGCAUCU